ACCUGACUGACACCACCAACAUGGGCAACCAGAACUCUGGUCUCUCCAAGGACGAGGUCACGACUCUUGAGGAGAAGACUCACUUUACCAAGGAUGAAAUCAAGUCCAUGCACAAGGCCUUCAAGGAGCAGGACACCGAUGGUGACCUUCAGCUGGACUCGACCGAGUUUGCAUCGUUCAUGAAGAAGCAGCUUGGCGAGGAUACGUCGGAUGAAACACUCGGGCUGAUGUUCCGGUCGUUUGAUCAUGACGAGUCGGGCGGGAUCUCGUUCAACGAGCUGCUGCUGGCGCUGUCCAUGCUCUCGGUCAUGCCGGCCGAGGACAAGCUCGAGUACCUGUUCGAGAUCUAUGACGCCGAUUCGUCCGGCCACCUCUCCGACUCGGAGCUUCGCGCUGUCAUCGAGCAGAUGCUUCUGGUGGCGCAGACGCUCGGUCGCGAGACCGAGGCCGCGGCUUCGUUUGUCGACGGCAUUGUUGCCAAGCUCGACCACGAUCAGGACGGCUCCAUCACCAAGGAGGAGUGGGUCUCCAAGGGCCUCUCAACGCCUUCGCUUCUCGUCCUCCUCAACGCCGGCGCGUACUAAAUCCUUUACACAUCUGCUCGA